UCCAUCAUCAACUUGACAGCGAGAGAGGAGAGAGAAACACUGCAAUUGAGAGUCCAAGAAGAGAGAGAAAGCUUACUGUGAACGCUAAGAAGCGCGAAAAUGGUGACGUACAACUUGAUGAUCACUGCUGAAGUUGAGAAUGUUUCCACCAUUCAACCUAUGGGCGGUUGCGACGAUCCUAACUUCACCUACUACUUCAAGUUGAGAUGUGAGAAUUGUGGAGAAGUAACUCCGAAGGAGACUUGUGUAGUUCUGCAAGACGUUGUUCCUCUUCCAAAGAGUCGUGGCCAGGCUAAUCUCGUCCAGAAGUGCAAGUUCUGUGGACGGGAAGGUAAUAUCACAAUGAUACCAAAAUUUGGUCGCCCUCUAACUGGUGCAGAUUGUGAAGCAGGAGAAUAUGCACCAUUGAUGAGCUUUGAUUGCCGGGGUUUGGAGCCACUUGAAUACUCCUUUGGUUGUGAUCAGUGGAAAGUUGAAACUACUGCUGGUACUGUGUUUGAGAAUGUCAACCUAUCUGGAGGGGACUGGGUGGACUAUGAUGAAAAUGGGAGCAUGCCAGUUUCAGUUGACAAUCUGAAAUCACGUUUUGAUGUGGUGAAGUCACGGUGAAGCAGCACAGUUCCUGUGAAUCAGACACUGACCGAUGAAGUGUGAAUUCAACUGGUACAUAGAAACAAAGUAUAAAUCUUAAAGAAAAGAGUUAUGCAUAGAAAUAUUAACUCUCUUACUCAGUUACUUGGAUGUCUUUGCUAAUGUAGCUCAAGAUUAAUGCUUGGUAAACAACAUUCUGUUUCUUUGCUAUCAAAAUGUGUACAUCGCCAAGUGCUUCAAAGCUUCUUUCUUGGCUACUCUGAUGAUGUGUAAGAUGGUUGGUGCAACUGCAUAAUCCUGUCUUUAGUUGCCCGUCUUCUCUGUCA